CACGUGAUCGCGACCCCUCCUGUGUCAUUGAACCACCCCCUCCCAAACAACAUUCAUCUGCUAAACUGGAGUCUGCAAACAGAACGGAUGCAUCCGAGCAGUGAGACGGGGGAUCCCGGGCAGCCCGGGCGCCUUUAAAACCAGAGGAGGCGGCGACUCUCCGCCAUGGCGGCGGCCGCUCCUGCUCUGCACCCGGGCACCGAGUCCGUUCGUAAGCGCAUGGACUCCCGGCGCAGGCAGGCUGCUCUCUCCUUCCUCAGCAACAUAUCCUUAGACGGGCGACCGGCGCAGGGUGACAGCGGCGAUCAAGGCAGCACAGACACGGGACUGGAGAGCAAUGGCAGACAGGGCUUAAAGUCCGCCGAGCCGGGGGCGCAGUGCGCUGGGGCGAUCGGGAGCGCAGAGGGGGACGCGUUCAGGGCGCCCAGGGGGAGGCUGCAGAGCUUCACCCAGGGAACCCUACCUGCCACCUUCCCACGGCAAACCUCCCAGAACUACUGCUGCUUCGAGAGCGGUCAGAUCGGCAGCUCUGCCUUUGAGCUGCAGAGAUCCAGGCGGAGGCUCAUCUCACAGCGUUCGUCCCUGGAGACGUUGGAGGACAUUGAGGAGAAUGCUCCAUUGCGCAGAUGCAGAACUAUGUCAGGUUCUCCCAGGCCAAAGAGCUCCAAGAAAAUUCACUUCAUCAAAAACAUGAAGCAGCAUGAUACGCGCAAUGGCAGGAUAGUCCUCAUCAGUGGCACAAAAUCCCUGUGUAGCGUCUUCUCAAUUCUGCCGUACCAAGACGGCCUCCAAGCAGGUAGGGAGCUGAAGCUGGAAGGCGGCCGUCAGCGGCAUCACUCUGGGGGAGUCAGCGCUAAGGACAUGGUGGUUGGGCUGGAGGGUGUGGAGCUGGGUGCGGAUGGCAAGACAGUCUCCUACACCCAGCUCCUGCACCCCACCAACUCACUGAGCUGCCGCAGGAACACCAUCGAUUCCACCUGCUCAUUCUCCCAGUUCCGCAACGCUAGUCACCGAAGCCUGUGCCUGGCACGGGCCAACAGCAUCCAGGGCAGCAUCGAUGCAGGUACAGAUGUGGGCGACUUCCUUGAUUACGACCCCAAUCUCCUGGACGACCCCCAGUGGCCGUGUGGGAAGCACAAGCGAGUUCUCAUUUUUCCCUCCUACAUGACGACGGUCAUCGAGUACGUAAAGCCCUCGGACCUCAAGAAGGACAUGAACGAGACUUUCAAAGAGAAGUUUCCACAUAUCCGAUUGACACUAAGCAAGAUCAGAAGUUUGAAGAGAGAGAUCCGCAAGCUGGUGCAGGAGGACUGCGGGUACGAGGAGCCCACGGUGGCCAUGGCCUUCGUCUACUUCGAGAAGCUGGCGCUGCGCGGCAAAGUGAACAAGCAGAACCGCAAGCUGUGCGCCAGCGCCUGCGUGCUGCUGGCCGCCAAGAUCGGCAGCGACCUCAAGAAGCACGAGGUCAAGCAGCUCAUCGACAAAUUGGAAGAGAAGUUCCGGCUGAAUAGGCGGGAACUGAUCGCCUUCGAGUUCCCCGUCUUGGUGGCCCUGGAGUUCAGCCUCCACCUGCCAGAGCAUGAGGUCAUGCCCCAUUACAAACGCCUCCUACAGAACUCCUAGCAUUGGCUUCACUUCAGGAGAGCCCAGAUCGCCAUCCUCUCCUGACCUGGAACUCCUUACACGGCUACAUAUUCUCCUAACAUAUCACUCAUCGAUUAUGCAACUAUACUUCCUGUUUCUGCUGGGAUUUGAGCACUUCCAGUCACAUGGUACCCCCCAAAUCCCAGCAUUCUUUCUUCUUUUCUUUCAGCAGAUAUUGUAUUCAACACUUAAUAUGCAGUUUAAAACAUCAUUUGGAUGGUAAACAAGCAAGAAGCUUGAAUAGGAUGCACUAAACUUUUUACUUACAUAUUUGUACUAUGAAAGAUUUCUUUCAUCUUUUAAUAUACUUGUAGCUUUAGCAGUUUUGCUAAGAAUGUAUGUAGGUUGUUAAAGAGUGAGAUGAGCAGCUUUUUAUCCGUAGCAAUAAGCCAGACAGCUUGGAGAAUUAUUCAUGCUUUAACAUUAUUUGCGUGUUUGUUUUGGGUCCCAGUUUUGGACUGGUUGUCUAAGAUGUUCAGGUGGUUCUCAUUUUGGUUCAGGGAUUUGCAAUGAAGUCAUACUUUUCUGCCUUUUUUGGAAAAAACAAAUCAAGGUCCUAUGUUACUGAUGUUGAUCAAACUCACUUGAUAGAGAUAUCCAGUACGAGUACAUGUACAGACCUGCAAUGUGGCCAGUGAUGUAUUUUCUGUCUAAGAAUUGUUAAUUUAUAUCUUUUGACCAUUUAUUGUUUUUUGACUUUUAUUAAACAAUCUGCCACUCAAGACAACGAUACCGGAGUCUUUCAGAAUAGUGACGUUUCCACAUUACAGGUUAAUGACCUGCAAUUUGGCUUAAAAUAACAUGAAUCAUUUAUAAAUGUAAGGUUUUUUUGCCGACGUUUUUUUUUUGUACUGGUGGUGACUGACCCCACACUGCUCAGUGUUUCACUUCCUGUGCUCUAUGUUAGAGCAUUUUAUUGGCACGUUAAUGGUGCUGAUCUAUAAGAAAUUAAAGGCCAAUGAGCGAUCAUGUAGAUCACCCAUGUGACUUUGUAUUAUCCAAUAGCAAAGGACUAACCAGAUUACAUCUCCCUUGUUUUUCUUUUCUGUUUUUACACAGGAAGAAACUAAUUCCUGUAGAUAGUUUGCACUAGUCUGGUUUAAGUAAUCUGCUCAGUACUUUAUUAUUAUGGACUGUAGAUGUGUUGUUUUCAAAUGUUUCCAUUUGUAUAGGUCCUGUUCUCAGCUCUAGCUGUGCACUCAGCUUUUUUCAGGAAUGUAGAAUCUCACAGCUCCAGUGCUGCAUCUACCAAAGCCACAGUUUCUCCUUGGCCUCACCUCGGUGACCUUUAAGCCUGCGCUACUUACAGUUAAUGCAUACAUUUGCAUAAUUUUCCACUGUCAAUCUGCAGCCCCACCCCCACCCCAGAAUACAAGCACAAACUCAUGUACUAUCAUAAAUAUAUGGCCAUGAUUUGCAUAUAUCCGCUAGCAGCGGGCUUGCCGUGAAAUAAUACACGUGCUGUAGUACACUUACGGAGAAACAAAAUAUAAAAUUAUGAGAAAGAAUGCGUUAUCCAUUUAAUUAUGGAAAUUUACUAUGCUACACAUUUUUUAAAAAAAUCACUUUUUUCAUUGUAGAAAACAAAUUUGCAUAUUGUGUCCCUUUGUGGAUCUGUGUAGUCUUUGUUUACAAGUGAUAAGCCAUUAAGGUAAUCUUCCUGUUUUAUAUGCCAGGAUUGCAGAAGGUUUUCUUUCCUGCUGUUUUGUUAGCUGAUGUGGAGACUUGGCAUUACAAGGCCUUAGAAAGGAGGUUGAUUCGGUGAAUAAUAUCAGCUUUUCUUCCUUUCUUGUAUACAUGUAAUCAGUACAAGCGGUAGCACAAAAAGCUAAAGAAGCUAAAGAAUGUGUAAUUGAAGUAUUUCUGAUCUGAUUUCUGAAGGAAAUAAUGGGAAACCUUGAAUGUGCAGCACAAGAGAACAAAGAUAAAUAUUGUUUUAUGACUUUUACCGAAUCUGGUAAAUAUUUACACAUGUUGUGUACAGAAACGACUUGGCUUCUUCGAAUAAACAAGAUAAUGAAAUUGUU